GCCCCGCGCAGCUCAUAGAACAGCCACGCGUGCGCAGCCGUGCUGUUUGUUUGCGUCUGAGCGGAGCCCUGCCGAGGAGCGGAGUGCUGGCCUGGAAGAGGGAAGUGGCGGCGAGAAGGCUCCUGGGAGUCGGCCUCAAUCAGAGCGGCCGAGGCUCCGGCUUCCGGCGGCGAGCAGGCCGAAGCGAGGCCUUCCCUGAGCGGCCCUCGCCCCCGCCGGCGGGCUGAAUGGGGCUUGCGAAGGGCUCGGCUGCGGGAGGGAGCGAGCUGCGCCUCCGCUUUGGCCGUCCCGUGAGCUCCGGAGCGAGCGCCUCUCUCGCUCCGCUCCGCUAAGGGGCCCGCCCUCGACUGGGCCGCGCGAGGGUGCUGCGAGGAGAGGGUGCAGCGGUCCCCGCUCGGAAGCAAAGGAAAGUGGGGCGCGGCGGCUGCCGGUGUUUCCCAUUUGGGACGAGGCCGGAUAAAAGGAGAACGCCUUUCCUUCCUCCUCCUCCAUACAGAGCGGCCUGUGGCUUAAUCAGCUGUCGCCUCCGUUUGGGCGAUCCGUGGAAGGCGGCGAUGGAAUCGACCGCGAAUCCGUGCUAAAGAAAAGAAGGGGUUUUCCGGGGCACCACCAACGCCUUAACGCCUCGCCCCUAAAGCGAAGACUCUUGGACCUCGGACCCUGACGCGUGGGGCAGGGCUUGUGGGUAUAAAGAUGAACAGAUACCUCCCAGUAGCUCGGCAACACUUCUUGGCUGCUCUGGCCAGCACCAGUGUCGUGGUGAAGUCCAUAUGUGCCAUCGUCAUCUUGCUCUACUUUCUCUCCUUUGCUGUGGACACUGUGUAUGGGCUCGGGGUGACGCCUGGGUUUCUCUUCCCACCCAACUUUUGGAUUUGGACAUUAGCAACCCACAGUGUGGUGGAAAAACACAUCUGGGAUGUAGGUGUGAGCCUGGCUACUAUAGUGGUGGCAGGGAGGCUGCUGGAGCCACUAUGGGGAGCCCUGGAGCUCUUGAUCUUCUUUGCAGUGGUGAAUGUAUCAGUGGGGCUCUUGGGGGCCUUUGCUUAUCUUCUCACCUAUAUGGCAUCAUUCAAUCUGUCUUACCUGUUUACCGUUCGCAUCUAUGGCAUGUUGGGCUUCCUUGGUGGGGUCUUGGUGGCUCUCAAACAGACCAUGGGUGACAGUACUGUCUUGAAGGUACCUCAGGUGCGGAUGAAGGUUGUUCCCAUGCUUUUGCUCCUGAUCCUGGCAGUUCUGAGAUUGACCACCCUCAUCGAAAGCAAUGUCUUGGCCUCUUAUGGUUUUGGAGUCCUCUCCAGUUGGAUAUAUCUCCGUUUUUACCAGAGGCACAGCCGAGGACGUGGUGAUAUGUCAGACCACUUUGCAUUUGCCACAUUUUUCCCUGAGAUCCUACAACCAGUGGUUGGCUUGCUAGCCAACCUUGUGCACAGCGUCUUGGUCAAAGUGAAAGUCUGUCGAAAAACAGUGAAACGUUAUGAUGUUGGUGCCCCUUCAUCUAUUACUAUCAGCUUACCAGGAACAGAUCCUCAGGAUGCUGAACGGAGAAGACAACUGGCCCUGAAGGCACUGAAUGAGCGGUUGAAGCGUGUAGAAGAUCAGUCGUCGUGGCCCAGCAUGGAGGAUGAAGAAGAAGAAAACAUCAAGGCUGAUACUCCAUUGCUACCCGAGAAGAGCCGGGACUCUGUCACUGCAGGGAAAGCAGGCAGCCAGGAGUCCAGCCUCAUUACCUUUGAGGAUGCCCCCUCUCAGUUGUGACCAUGAGGCACCUGCCCUUCUCUUCUAUGUGUCCCUGUAUGCCAGAGCUGCUAAUGAUCCUUCACAUGUCCUUCCUCACAGUGCUGCCUGUUCUGCAGGAAGCAAAACACUGUGCUUGCUGGCCCUGAGGGAGACCACACGU